AUGACACCUAGAGGAAACUACGUGAUGGCCUUGAACGCCUGGAUACUAGGACAGUCACCUGACCAGCGCACCGGGGCCAACCCGGACUCAGCCCGGACCUCUACCACACACGCUCCAACGUCGUGUAUAUUAAAAUACUUGAAUAAACGAGCCGACGAGCUUGGCCUAGAGCUGGGCUGGGAGUUUAAAGAAGCUGACGAGCUUGGCCUUGAACUGGGCUGGGAGCUCGAAGGAGCUGACGAGCUGGGCCUAGAGCUUGAAGGUGCCGACGAGCUUGGCCUUGAAGAGCUGGGCUGGGAGCUUGAAGGAGCCGACGAGCUUGGCCUUGAAGAGCUGGGCUGGGAGCUUGAAGGAGCCGACGAGCUUGGUCUAGAUGAGCUGGGUUGUGACGAGCUUAGCCUUGAACUGGGCUGGGAGCUUGAAGGAGCCGACGAGCUUGGUCUAGAUGAGCUGGGCCUUGAAGAGCUGGGUUGUGACGAGCUGGGCCUCGAGCUUGAAGGAGCCGACGAGCUUGGUCUAGAUGAGCUGGGCCUCGAGCUUGAAAGAGCCGACGAGCUUGGUCUAGAUGAGCUCGGCCUUGAAGAGCUAGGCUUAGAGCUGCUUGGUGGGGACGAGAUUGCCUGUGAUGAACUCGGUCUUGAAGAGCUGGGCUGCGACGAGCUGGGUCUUGAAGAGCUUGGUCUUGAAGAGCUUGGUUUCGAAGAGCUCGGCUGCGAUGAACUUGGCCUGGAGCUUGGUCUUGAAGAGCUGGGCUGCGACGAGCUGGGUCUUGAAGAGCUGGGUCUUGAAGAGCUUUGUCUCGAAGAGCUCGGCUGUGAUGAACUUGGCCUGGAGCUCGGUCUUGAAGAGCUGGGCUGCGACGAGCUUGGUCUUGAAGAGCUUGGUCGUGAAGAGCUUGGUCGCGAUGAACUUGGUCUUGAGGAGCUUGGUCUCGAAGAGCUUGGUCGUGAUGAGCUUGGUCGUGAUGAGCUUGGCCGUGACGAGGUGGGCCGUGACGAGGUGGGCCGCGAUGAGCUUAGUCGUGAUGAGCUUGGUCGUGAUGAGCUAGGCCGUGAUGAGCUGGGUCUUGAAGAGCUGGGCCGUGACGAGCUAGGCCGCGAUGAGCUUAGUCGUGAUGAGCUUGGCCGCGAUGUGUUCUGUCUUGACGAGCUUGGCCGCGACGAGGUGGGUCUCGAAGAGCUUGACGCGCUUGGUCGUGAUGAGCUUGGCCGUGAUGAGCUGGGCCGUGAAGAGCUGGGUUUUGAAGAGCUUGGUCUCGAAGAGCUGGGUCUUGACGAGCUUGGCCGCGACGAGGUGGGUCUCGAAGAGCUUGACGCGCUUGGUCGUGAUGAGCUUGGCCGCGAUGAACUUGGCCGCGAUGAGCUUGGUCGUGAUGUGUUCUGUCUUGACGAGGUGGGUCUUGACGAGCUUGGCCGCGACGAGGUUGAACUUGGCCUUGAGCUUGGUCUUGAAGAGCUUGGUCUCGAAGAGCUGGGUCUUGAAGAGCUGGGCCGUGACGAGGUGGGCCGCGAUGAGCUUAGUCGUGAUGAGCUUGGUCGUGAUGAGCUUGGUCGUGAUGAGCUUGGUCGUGAUGAGCUUGGUCGUGAUGAGCUUGGUCGUGAUGAGCUUGGUCGUGAUGAGCUUGGUCGUGAUGAGCUUGGUCGUGAUGAGCUGGGUCUUGAAGAGCUGGGCCGUGACGAGCUAGGCCGCGAUGAGCUUAGUCGUGAUGAGCUUGGUCGUGAUGAGCUUGGUCGUGAUGAGCUUGGCCGUGAUGAGCUGGGCCGUGAAGAGCUGGGUUUUGAAGAGCUUGGUCUCGAAGAGCUCGGCUGUGAUGAACUUGGCCUUGAACUUGGCCUUGAGCUUGGUCUUGAAGAGCUUGGUCUCGAAGAGCUGGGUCUUGAAGAGCUGGGCCGUGACGAGGUGGGCCGCGAUGAGCUUAGUCGUGAUGAGCUUGGUCGUGAUGAGCUGGGUCUUGAAGAGCUGGGCCGUGACGAGCUAGGCCGCGAUGAGCUUAGUCGUGAUGAGCUUGGCCGCGAUGUGUUCUGUCUUGACGAGCUUGGCCGCGACGAGGUGGGUCUCGAAGAGCUUGACGCGCUUGGUCGUGAUGAGCUUGGCCGCGAUGAACUUGGCCGCGAUGAGCUUGGUCGUGAUGUGUUCUGUCUUGACGAGGUGGGUCUUGACGAGCUUGGCCGCGACGAGGUGGGUCUCGAAGAGCUUGACGAGCUUGGUCGCGAUGAACUUGGCCGCGAUGAACUUGGCUUUGAGACGCUGCUGGGCCUUGACGAGGUCGGUUGCGAUGACCUCGACGACUCUGAGUGGGAAGGAGUAGCAGAGCUAUGA